UCACACAAUCUGAGUAUGGUUUCCGUUUAUUAUUCGGAUACUCAAGGCACUACCAAAUUAUUGGGAUACUUCCGUAUACUAAUCCGGAUUGGGGUGAUGUACAGGUUGAAAGAUCCUCUGGAAAAUUUAAAAUUAAAGGUAAGCCUCAGAAAAGCCAGCUUAAGUAGAAGAAGGUUAGAACUAGCUUCAAAUCCUCGCGAAUCGAAUGAAAAUGCAGACCUUGAAGUUUUGACAUUCCAUUGGCAAGAGAAAUAUUUUAGUCCACUGGAGAAACGAAAAUAUGCUGAAGAACCUCCUUCAAAUGAAGACUACCAAAUAUUACUAGCAAAGAAAGAUAGAAAUGCUAACAGUCGAUUGUUUAGUUAUAUCAGCCAAGAUCGUUACCAGCCUUAUGAUGAUGAACCUGUGAUUAAGAAAGGAAGGAGAAAGAAUGCAGCUCACCACAGACAAACCAUGUAUGUGAUGGCUGACUUGCAGUCACAGAUUGAUGGACUGGAUUUUGAUGAGAAAGUCCUAUUCACAAUCACGGUCGAUACUACCGUCGGACAGUUAAUGUUGUCACGUGACGUAUCACAUGAUGAACACUGGUACAGGAUUGAGAGCUCUGGUAGAGAAAUAUUUGAAUAUCGAAUAGAGAAUGUGUCGCAACCAAUUACUGGAGAAGAACUACAAAGGGAGAGACAAUUGCAUAAUCAGUUGCAUAGUCAUCAGUCUGAGAGGCUCAAGCAGUCAUUAGGGGCGGAGUUUCAGUCACUGCCUCCUGAUAAAGAUACUAAACUAGUACACAUUAUUGGCUCAAUAGAAACUGCUGAAGGAUUUGGUUGGUCUCCUGUAUAUAUAAUAUUUCAGCUCCACCUUCCAAAUGAGGGUUUUGAGCUAAAGAGUGGAAUUGAAUUAAUAUCUACACAACUGAGUUCUCCCAAUAGUGACCAGGUGACCCAUUUUUGUACUCCAUUUGAAUACGAGCUACUAGUCUCCACUCCAUCUCCCUCUUCUGGUUCAUCUCCUUCAAUGUCGUCUCCUUUUGUUUCCGUUGAAGUUUCUUCUCUUGACUUUUGGGACAGACACAGAUUAGAAGGAUAUGGAACUUACUCUCUACCAUUAGUACCUGCAUCACUUACAGUUCCCAUCAAUACUUCUAAGCCGAGUCCUACCUCGUUAAAGGAGCAGCUGUUGCAUUAUUUCAUCGGCACUUCCAGUCGGACCAGCCUGAAGGAUAGCAGAGAUGCAAAGAGCAGGUUUGGAGCUACCAGUAUCUCAAGUGGAAAGGUUUACAUUAAAUUGAGUGUGCUCAGUCUUAGCCGUGAAACUGCUGAAAUAUAUUCCAGUAAAGAAAUGAGAGAGAAGCUAAGGCAACAGCAAGGAAAUUUGUCUAUGUCAGUCAAAGCAGUUACAGACGCAUAUCACAAAGCACGCAGCAAAGCCUUAGAAGUGCUGAAGACUUCUGAAGAUCAGAGCAGCUAAUGACUGCCAACAAUUUACACACACCAAUUAAAGUCACUUAUUCUGAUAUAAAUGUGUUAAUAUGUAUUGACAAGUUAAA